UUCCCAUGCGCAAGGCCCGCGUUGGACGCGCCAAGGCUGGGGAAACCCACCCCGCGCCCAGAACAGGAUAUAAAGAGCCUGGCUGCGGCGGUGGGGCAGCUCCCGGUUUCGCGCGGGGUAAAGCUCCCCUCGUCUGUCCGCAUCCGUGCCUACUAUCCACCGGACACCUCGAAAAUGGCACCCGUUGGGGGCAAAAAGGCCAAGAGGGGCAUCCUAGAACGUUUAAAUGCUGGAGAAGUUGUGAUUGGAGAUGGAGGGUUUGUCUUUGCACUGGAGAAGAGGGGCUAUGUGAAGGCAGGCCCCUGGACCCCAGAAGCCGCAGUGGAACACCCAGAGGCAGUUCGCCAGCUUCAUCGAGAGUUCCUCAGAGCUGGAUCCAAUGUCAUGCAAACCUUCACCUUUUAUGCAAGUGAAGACAAGCUGGAGAACAGGGGAAACUAUGUUGCAGAGAAAAUAUCCGGGCAGAAAGUCAAUGAAGCUGCUUGUGACAUUGCCCGGCAAGUGGCUGACGAGGGAGACGCUUUGGUGGCAGGAGGUGUGAGCCAGACGCCUUCGUACCUUAGUUGCAAGAGUGAAGCUGAAGUUAAGAAAGUAUUUCAGCAACAGUUAGAGGUCUUUUUGAAGAAGAACGUGGAUUUCUUGAUUGCAGAGUAUUUUGAACAUGUGGAAGAGGCUGUGUGGGCAGUCGAAGCCUUGAAAGCAUCCGGGAAACCUGUGGCAGCUACUAUGUGCAUCGGCCCAGAGGGAGAUUUGCAUGGCAUCAGCCCCGGCGAGUGUGCAGUGCGCCUUGUUAAAGCAGGAGCUUCCAUCGUUGGCGUGAACUGCCAUUUUGACCCCACAAUUAGUUUACAAACAGUGAAGCUCAUGAAAGAAGGCUUGGAGGCUGCCCGACUGAAAGCCCACCUGAUGAGUCAGCCCUUGGCCUACCACACUCCUGACUGCAACAAGCAGGGAUUUAUUGAUCUACCAGAAUUCCCCUUUGGACUGGAGCCCAGAGUUGCAACAAGAUGGGACAUUCAGAAAUAUGCCAGAGAGGCCUACAAGCUGGGGGUCAGAUACAUUGGCGGGUGCUGUGGAUUUGAGCCCUACCACAUCCGGGCGAUUGCAGAAGAGCUGGCCCCAGAAAGGGGAUUUUUGCCGCCAGCUUCAGAAAAGCAUGGCAGCUGGGGAAGUGGUUUGGAUAUGCACACCAAACCAUGGAUUAGAGCCAGGGCCAGGAAGGAAUACUGGGAGAAUCUUCGGAUAGCCUCGGGCAGGCCAUACAACCCUUCAAUGUCAAAGCCUGAUGCCUGGGGGGUGACCAAAGGAACAGCUGAGCUGAUGCAGCAGAAAGAAGCCACCAGUGAGCAGCAGCUCAGAGAGCUCUUUGAAAAACAGAAAUUCAAAUCUGCACAGUAACCUCAGUGGAAACCAUCUUUAGUGACUUUUAUGUUUGGGCCACAGUUCCCCCAAAUCAGGAAAAGACGGUUUAACAGCAAUGCUUAUGUUAAUGCUAGGCUACACAUAAAACUGGUAGGAGCUGAACAACACAGAACUAUAAAUAGCACUUGAUGAUUUUAAAAGUAUCGUUUAGAAAUUUACUUGCAAGCAAAAUAAAUAAGAAGUACAUCUUAAACAGUUUCCCUUAUACCAUGUAUAAGGUAUUAGGGAAAUCACUGUGGCCAAGGAAAAGUUAUUCAGAUAUUCAUUCCUACUUCAAGAAGUUUGCAUUCUAGUAAGGAGAAUGAGACAGGAGCUGUCAUGACAGAUAAAGUGCUAUAGGGAAGUGACUUUCAAGUCCUUUUGAACAUGACCCUUAGUAAGAAACAAAAGUUUUCGAAUAACCCAGUAAAGCACAUACUAUACAACCAAUGAAAUAAAAUGUGAGAUCCA